AUGGCACCAACAUCAAGAUCAUCAACGAAGAAGGUUACGGUCGUCGACACAAGAGACAUCGUCUCUUGGACCUCCGUCGUCACUGGAGAAAAGAUCUUCUACGAAAGGUUCCAUGAAUACGAUGAAGAGGGGGAGGUUUUGUUUGUGCAAUUGCGUAUGGAUGAGGAGGGUGAAUUGAUUCCUUGGACCAAAGACGAAGAAGACGAAGAACAAGCCCUCGAGAUGUCAGACAACAACAGUGUCGAGGAGGGAGAGGUCGACCCAGACUUCGUCUCAGAAGUGACUCGCGCCGCCGACGAAGACCAUGUCGCUGCGCAGAGCAAUGCCCAAGAGGCACCUAAGAAGAAACGCGCCCCUACUAAGCGCCGUCAAACCACCAAGGUCAACAAGACCACACCUCAUCCCACCGCAUCUCUCUCUGCCGCCCUCCUUGCCGUCGCUUCGGUCGUCGAUCUUGUCAGUGACAUGACCGACCUCGUUCAACACGAGUUCAUUCUCGAUUUCGUUGCCGGCCCUGCCUCGGAGGCAGUUCUGCAAUCAACCUCGCAGAACAGCCUCUCAAGCAUGCUCAAAAACUUCCGGGUCUCCGACCUGUCAGAAGUCAAUGGAGCAAGGGCUCACGCGAUCGAGAAAGGGGCCUACGAUUCUGUGCGUCCUGGCAAGCUCGUCAACAACAGAUGGGUGCUCAACCCUCGACCCAUCAUCUUCCGCCCUACCAAUCCCGAACUCUUUUUGUGCUUCCCUCACGCCGGCGCUGACGAGAAGAUCACCAAGGCCACCGUCGAGUGGUACCGCACCAUCGAUGGACGUGUGGCUUAUGCUUUCGAGAUGCUCAGAGUCCACGAUAUGUGGACGGAGCAGCUGGUCCUGAUCGAGGCUCUCGAGGAGAGAAGCACCUUUAGCAUCAUCCCCACAGAUCAGAUCGCCAGACCUUGCCGUAUGGUCGCUAUUGUCAUGCAAGAGAUGGAGGCUGGUAUCUUUGCUCGCCCCUUACAGCUCGUGGUGGUUGGAGAUGUCGACAUGGAUCCCAAGAUUUGGAUGGAUGCUUACACCGUGGCCCACGACACUGGAUACCAGUACCUGACCAACGCAGAUGUCAUCUUCGUGACUAUUGACCGCCUCAAGAAGCUCGUCGCCAGCAGAGCCGUCGGUCUCUCCUCUUUGAAGCGCAUUGUCAUCGACGAGCCCUUGUACAUCAAAAAGCCCACUUGGAUCAUUCUCGGUGCGCUCUUCCGCCACCCCGACAUGAACCCUGGAGUUGCCGCUGUGUUCGUCGGCCGCAAGGCUUCGUUGGACGAGGACACCACCAGCAAGAUCCGCAACUUUGCAACUCAUACGCUCCCAUACUGGCACGCCCAUACCGACGAAAGCCGUGCCCAGGCCCAGGCCGAGUGGGAUGCUUAUGCUGAGUCGGUCUAA